AUGGAUGAAGAGGAUGAUAUUGAUGAUAUUGAUGAUGAGUUGGAUGACGAAGAGUUGGCCCAGCUGGACGAUGCUGAGGACGAUGAUGACUUUGACGAGGACAUUGAGUUUGAUGAAGACGAGGAGGUAGAGCUUGAUGCUGAGCAGUUUGCUAAGAUACAGAAAAAGAUUGAGAAGGAAGAAAAGGAGUUGAAGAGCAAACAGAAAAAGGGUGCUCAGCAGGCAAAGUNGAUUGAGAAGGAAGAAAAGGAGUUGAAGAGCAAACAGAAAAAGGGUGCUCAGCAGGCAAAGUCUUCUACAUCUGAGGCAGGUGGUGCAAAGAGAAAGAAGAAGAACAAAAACAAAUCAAACAAGAAGCCUCGCAAGCUGAACAGUGAUUUGCAGCUUGAGGGUGCCUUUGACCUGUCCUCUGACGAUGAUGCCUGA